UGGAAGAAGCAGAAAAUGGCGGCAAAAUUUCGUUAGAUUUCUUUUGUUGUCGCUGAGUUUGGAGUGGCCAUUGCGCAUUCCAAUAGUUGUCUUCCAUGGCGUCUCUGUUUGGCGACGAUGGUGUGGAUGACCUGUUCAAUGACAAUCUGCCGGUGGAUCCGGAUCAGUUGCCCAGCGACGGCGAAGGCGAGAAACUGUUUGCGGACGAUGACGACAACGCCGCAGAACCUGGUAGCCAAGAUGGCCAGAAAGUGGAGCCCAAGAAGCGGGCAGUGAGAAAUCCGCGCCCCAGACUUACGGUCGAAACACUCCGCGGUCCCCGUGGCAUACAGACCAUCGAGGACUACUUUAAAGACGUCAAGUUCAAGGGCAAGGGGUAUGAGAAAGCCGAUCUUGACGAGGUUCUGCGGCGCCUGCAGCACUGGGGCCAUCGCAUGUAUCCCACAUACACCUUCGACGACGUACUCAACAAUAUCGAGCGGCUGGGCAAGAAGAAAUCGCUCCAGGUGCACAUGACGCGGUAUCGUCUGGGCCAGCUGGAGGAGAUGCGCGCCCACGAGGCAGAGGCCAUGGAGGAGGCGCAGGAAGAUCAGCAGGGCGGAGCCGGCGACGAACCCUUCGAUGAGUUCGAUGCCCUGUUGGGCGAGCAGAUUGCCAUGUCCAGACUGGCGACACGCACGCCGCAUCAGAGGAAAAUGUCCACUGCCUCCAGCAACAGUACGCUGGUCACUCCUUCAUUCUCCCGUGGCAAUGCCGUGAUGUCCACUCCUUACUCUGCGGUGAAUGCUGCCACUUUCGACCGAAAUGGAGCCCCUGUGGCUCCUACUUUCGAUCGGAACGGAGCUCCGUUGGCCUCGAUGGACAUCAGUGACUAUGGCCAGCCACUGCCUCCCUCGCAACCGCCAACGCCGGCCGCCAAGAAACUGUCCAACGAGCAAAUGGCCAGGAUUGCGGAGAACCGAAGAUUGGCACAGGAACGUUUAAAAGCCAAAAAGGAGCAGGAGGCCCAAAACCCCAGUUAACGGGAAUGGCCUCAAAGAGCACCGUAUACAUAUUUAUAAACUAUAAAUGUUAAUCUUGAUAAGGAUAAUUUUUAAAUUUCAAUAUAUUCUGUAAGCAAAGUAUAAAGCUGUUCAAAACUCAAAUACAUAUCUGCAUGAAGAAAA